GGGCACUAAACGGAGACGUACCAGCGUGGGGUGGUGCGGCGGUCUAACAAGUCCGGGUAAAUAAGUGGGUGAAAGGUCCGACAGACAGGCAGCAGUGACAGCCGCUCACAAACAUACCUCAGAGAGCUACAGUCGACCAGGUGAGAUGGUAUUCAUUGAGCUGCUUUUUCUCAGUCUGUGAGUUAACCUCGCUCGUGUGUUUAGUGUGUCUUUGUGUCUUUUUCUUCCUGCAGAGCGGAAAGUCAAAAUGUCCAAACAGCCGCAGCCGAUCAGCCCGCUGAAGAACUUCUUCGCUGGGGGGUUUGGAGGGGUUUGCCUCGUCUUCGCGGGACACCCCCUCGACACGAUUAAAGUGAUUACUAUGUUUUUUUUUGUCUCACAUUUGGUUUAUAAAGAUAUUCCGUAGAGAGUUAGUCUAAUGACACUGUAGCUGGUGGAGCCAGUUUGUCCAGACAAACAUAUGUUAGAGUCAGAAAUGUGUGAGGAACAAUCUGCUGCAGGAUUAAUGUAAAUAAUCAUGUUACUACAGAGAGUUCAGGACAGCAGAGCAGCCCGCUGCUGCCCUUUGACCCACAUUCAAAGGGUUAUAUGACUCAGCUCACUGCAGGUGUAAUGGCUUCCUCUAAUGUCAGACCUCACCUGAUACUACACUCAGUUCAGUAGGGGAGAGUGGAGUAAGAUGAGCCAUUAUUCAUAUUUCUGAUCACUACAUCAAGUCAGUCAUAAUUUUGUCUCUAAUUAGUGUAUCUGCAUAUAUUUCAAGAUGUUGUUCAUCCCUGAAAACCAACAGAAUGAGUGUAAACAGAACUGUCAUGAUAAUAUAGCAGGCCAAAAAAAGUGGUCUCCUGUGGUCAACUUACCCCGUGUAUGGGGUAAGUUGAACCGUAUCCUUACUACCCCCUCACUCUCCACCCCAGCCCUCUCACACCUUCUCUCUCCCUAAAUAUUUUUAUCUAUUAUACACUAUUCAACUGGUACAAUAAUUCUUUUCAUUAUUAUUGGAUAUAACUGGUAAAAAUCUGUUUUAUAAAAAGUCAUUUUAACAUGAGAAUGUCUUUAAGUGAUUCAGAACAUUCACAGAUCUGUAUUUUUGAAAAGAAAAAGUAAAACAUUUCAACAAUCUGAACUGAAACUCUGAUCCUCUCAUCAGACUUCUUUACUUUCUCAGUUGAUCCACUGACUCAACUUACCCCAGAACUACUAUUAUGACUUUAUUAGUCCUCUAAACUAAAAUGGUGGAGUUUUAUGUUGGGUUUUUGACGUCAUGUUGUAGCUCAUAGAUAAAACAAUUGAUGUAUAAAACAGAUUUAAAAUGAUCUUUUUUGGUCUGAACACAAUUCUAAUAAAACUAAUGACAGACUAAAUUCACUUUCAAGAGUAAAAAAUGUUUUUUUUGUAAAUAAAUGUCUAACCUCUUCACUCAUGUGCUUCUAACCUUCAUAGACUCCAUGAAUUGAUGCCCAUCUCCUAAAUAUUUGGUCACAUGAUCAAUUUAUUUGACCAUUUCAAGGGAACAGGGAGUGGCUCAACUUACCCCACUCUCCCCUACUCUUCAACAGCUGUGAUUCUGAUGUUUUUUUUCUGCAUGAUGUGAAAACUAAGAGCAUCUUUUUUCUCUCUCUCAGGUGCGUUUACAGACUCAGCCCAAACCCAAACCUGGAGAGCGCCUUCUGUACGCUGGAACUUUGGAUUGUUGUAAAAAGACUCUUGCCAAAGAAGUAAGGAUGUUUCCUUCCUUUAUCUCUGGCACACAUAAGACAAAGUAUCGGCCAAAAUGUGAAAUUUGUUGUCUUCUUCUUCUUCUUCAUGAUUGUUUUUUCCCUACAGGGGGUGAAAGGUCUCUAUAAAGGCAUGGCUGCCCCCAUCAUCGGAGUAACCCCCAUGUUUGCCGUCUGUUUCUUUGGCUUUGGUUUGGGAAAGAAGCUUCAACAAAAAUCUCCUGAUGAUAUCCUGACGUAGGUGAAGCUCUGCCAUCAUGCUGUAAUCAUGCAUCUUGUCAUGUUUGAUAACAUUUGAUCACCCUCUGCAGGUAUCCACAGCUUUUUGCUGCUGGGAUGUUGUCUGGAGUGUUCACCACAGCUAUCAUGGCUCCUGGAGAGAGAAUCAAAUGCCUCUUACAGGUCAGAGGCUCUCACUGUCUUAGAGAAGGAGCUGGUGUGUGGUCAUGCUCCUGUUUUUAUAGAUGUCAGUACUCUAACAUGGUGUUUUUUUUUGUGGGUGCAGAUCCAGGCAUCAACAGGGCAGGUGAAGUAUGCUGGACCCAUGGACUGUGUCAAACAGCUGUACAGAGAGUCUGGGAUCAGAGGAAUCUAUAAAGGCACCGCUCUGACACUCAUGAGAGGUGAGUCUUUACGGUGGUAGAGUUUGAACUCAGCCAGGAGGACGGUGUUACAUUUAAUAUACAUAAAGUGUGAGUGAAUGAGGAGAACACUACAUAGAGGAAGGAGAUAAACCAUAAAAACAGUCAUGUGAGGUUUUCAUGUGCAAAUAAAGGUGCUGUUUACAUUGAGUGUUACUCACUAAAACAAGAAGUGGAAACCCCUGAGGUAAAACAAACACUGAUAACACAUCAACACCAGGGGUCAAAAUAAAUAAAAUACAUGUUUGUGGGAAUAAAUAAAAAGAUUUUUGAAGUGGUUACAAAACGGAAAGAUGAUUUGAUCUCGAACCAAGUCUCUAUAAUUAUCAGUUUAACAGAAGUCUGUGGUUUCUUCUUGGAUGCUGUAACACUCAGUGAAGUAACUAUUAGAGUAAAAUAUACUCACAUUAUUAUACAGGGUCAUCGUGUGUUACUGUUUUCUUGCUGCAUUUACUUUACUUUGAACUUCAAGAAAACUUGUAUUUAUUUUUUUUACUUAAAUUUUAUUUGCGUUUUUUAACCAUAACAGAAACAAGACACACGGUCAGACAGAAAAGUAUAAAUUAAUACAAACAAACACAAAACCUGGUUUCAUUCACAGAGAAGAAAAGAAAAUUGUCCAUGUAGCCUCCAUCAGAGUUGUCCUUUUUUUUUAAGUAAUGUGAAGAGAUUUUUAUUUGAUCCAUUUUUCCCACUUUCCGGUGUUUGUUUCUUGCUGGAGUCAUAGAGCGUCUGUAAGUUUCUCCGUUUCAUAUCGUUCUUCCUCCGUGUCCAGACAGUUUCUCUGGUUGUGGGUUCUCCUUAAGAACGCUGGUAUUUUUGAUGAAGCUUUAAGGAUAUAUUUACCUGCUCUUGGUCAGACUGCCUGUUAAAUAUUCUCUAUGAAGCCCCUAAACUUUAGGUGUGAUGAAGCUUUGUCUGAUUUUCACUAAAUGCCUCGUUGGUGUUGUCUUUAUUUUGUCUGUUCUUCAGUAACGUGACUCUAAUAAAUGUAAAAUAACUUUGUGUAUACACUUAUCACCUGUUUGGAUUGACUUUGUAACAGUAUAAUUUUCACCCUAACACCUCCUUUAUUCCAUCAGAGAGUUAAAGCAGUAGGAACCUUCACUUGUGUCCAUUCAGAGAUGGACCUGUUGGAUAAAACUGAACUCUAAUUCUGUUUUGUGCCUCAGAUGUUCCAGCCAGCGGGAUGUACUUCACUUCAUAUGAGUGGAUAAAGAACCUCCUCACACCUCCAGGAAAAAGGUGAAUAACGUGGUCAAUAUUUGUUUUUACCUCACAGUAUAUUUACAGCCCUCUGUCAUACAGUUAAAAGACCUCAGCUGAGCGGUUGGACUCGUUGUCUUUUCCCUGCAGCCACAACGAGCUCAGCGUUCCCAGCGUGCUGUUUGCAGGAGGGAUGGCGGGGAUCUUUAACUGGGCGGUCGCAAUUCCACCCGACGUGCUCAAGUCUCGCUUCCAGACAGGUCGGUCUUUAGAUUUAAUGAUUUGUUGAAGAUAAAAUAUAUAUUAUGUGGUGAUUUAUUCAUAAAUACAUUUAUUCUUUGUUUCAUUUAUGAGCUUUUUUAAAAAUGUUGGUCCUCUUCUGUAGGAGAAAGUGGUUGUUCUUUACAUUGUGACAUUGGUUCAGUGCUAUUAUGUAAUUUAAGUUUGAGUUUCAGAGCUGAAAGUCACUGAUGUUUGGACGCUUUUUUGCCAGUUUUUAAGAAUUUUUUUUCCUUUUGCAAGUGGAUGUGUCUCAAAUAUACAUUGUACAUGUAGAUGAGGAUUCAAGGAACUUUAUUUGUCUUACCCCACACCUUUGACAGUCUGUGGUACGAAAUUAGUACCCAGGUCCGUUUCCAAGUCAAGAAUGAAAUACAAUACAAUAGAUAAAAUACAAUACAAUAACAAAGAGUAAAAUUUUAACAAAUUUAAGUAAGGCUGAAAUUAGCCCUGUUGCACUAACAUUUCCGUAUGAAAGCAGCACCUUGGUUUGUAAACUGAUGUAGAUUUAAAAAAUAAAAGAAUGUGUUUUUUUUUUUUUCCCUCAGCUCCGGAGGGGAAAUAUCCAAAUGGUUUCCGGGACGUUCUGAGAGAGCUGGUCAGAGAAGAGGGUGUGACCUCUCUGUAUAAAGGCUUCAACGCCGUCAUGCUUCGAGCUUUCCCAGCGAAUGCGGUGAGUGCACUUUAACCAGUUUUUCACAGAGAGCAGGGCUCAGAGGAGACAGACGGUAUAUCUGACAUCGACAUGUUUGAGUUUGAACAUUAUUAGGAUAUUGACUUGGUGAUUAGUAGCAGCAUUUUGGUCAAUCCUUUAAAUAGUUACAGCCCAAUGUGUAGUGCAGUCAGGAUUUGACCUGUAGAGACAGUGUUUAAACAUAAAAGUUCCAAGUUAAACUAUUUCAUUGAUUUUAAUUUAUUAAUUUUUUUUCGAACAUGUGCGUGCAACUCAAGAAAGUAAACGGAAAACAAACAAAAGAUGAGAAUAUUCAAAACAAUAAUGACAAUAAACAAAGCAAAACAACUAAUAAAUAGAAAAAUAAAAAUACUAAUAAUAAUCAUGUCUGAAAAGGAGCAGGAUGAAGCAUUAUGCCUUUUUUUAAACCUACCCCUUCUCCUCUACUCAAUGAACAGUCAGUCUCCGACAUAUUUACAUUAUUUUAAUAAAAAAUAGAACAUAAAUACAGUAAAUAAGAACAUAAAUCAUUCAAAACUAAAACCUAUAUGUUCAUUCACCAACAUACAUAUUGUUGUUCGAACAUCUCAAUACUUUAUCCCACCAGAAUGAUCUGGGGAAUAUUUUAACUGUGGGAGAAAUUAAUGUUUUCUACUCAAAAUGAACCACUUUUUCACUUUUUAAAAGGGAAAACUUUUUUAAAUUCACAUUUAUGAUUUCUGCUGUUUCUGAUCAGCCUUGUCUGUAAAGAAGCUUCAUAAUAACUUCAUUUAAAAACAUAAUUAACACUUCAAAAAAUGGAUAAGUGUGCAGUUAUUCUUUAACUUAUCAGAGAAAAUCAUAUAUUCUGUCUUCUGCAUAUUCUCAUAACUACCUAAAUGUGAUUAUUUACCUGACAUUGACCUAACUGUCUUAUUCGUGUGCAUUUUCUUCAGGCUUGUUUCUUAGGAUUUGAGCUCGCAAUGAAGUUCCUGAACUGGGCAGCACCUGACCUGUGAUGAAGGCCACACACCGCUUCAUAUGUGAAAUCUGGAAUAGGACUGUUAAUCACAACACAAUCAAAAGCAGUACACGCACACAAACACACACACACACACACACACAACACACACACACACACACACACACACACACACACACACACACACACGCACACACACACUCAUGAAUGAUCGUACGAAAUAAGAGAUUUUAACAAUUUUUUCCAAAAAUAUACUUGAUGAUCUUCUUAAGUGCAAGGUAGUGUUCAGUGCUGGGAUCUUUCAAACCUGCUGAAGAGUCACAGCCGAUGACUCUGCACUGGUGCCGGUACACACACACACACACACUCAGUAAGACACACACAGUCGAAUGUUCUCGCUCCUCCUUGUUUUACCAGUUUUCUGAUUGUUUUUUUAAUCUGUUGUGUUUGUACGAUAUAAAAGGAGUGCAUUGAACAUGUCGUGCCUUACCUAUGUUAUCUACAAGCAGGUGCACAUAUCAGGAAAAAGGUGCACAUUUUGUACUGCGUGUGCUCAGUCUAACAGCAAUACAUGCCUUUAUUACUGUCUGUGAGGUCACACUCCACCCAGUGGCCACCAAUGAUAACUACACCUUUCUGUUUAAAUGUGAAAUUAUGUGAGUGGUUACCAUGAGAUUGAAUGAAAGCUAUGUGAAUAUCAGCAUGUAUAGAAAUAAAAAGAGGAUUCCAUAUUUACACAAUGGACUUUGAAUUAUUUAUCUCAUCUUCCAUUUGUAUUGAUUUUUUCUUACGUGUAUAACAGGGUGAACAAUUAAAUUUUUAUAAUGAAACAUGAACUGAAUUAACCUGGACUGAAGCUGGAGUCAGAGCAUCAAGAGCCACCGCACAGAAGUGUCCAGAAAAUGGGCGACAAACGUCAUGUUCCUGCAGUCAAGACACUCCUGAACCAGAGACAACAUCACACGUGUCUCACCUGGACUACGAAGAGAGAGAACUUUGCUCAGCGGUCCAAAGUCCUGCUUUCUAGUGAAAUUUUCAUUUGGAAAUAAAGGUCCUUUCCCACAGGACCCAGUACAUGUCCACAACGUUGAAACGAACAGAAACUGGUUCACUGACCAUGAGUAUAACUGAGCUUGAUUGGCCUGACCUGGACCAC